UUCACCGAAAAUGUACGGACCGGAAGUAGGACUUGCUGAAUAUGGUGGGGAUAUUUCGUUAAAAAUGAAAAGUAAUUCCAGCGAAACUCAAAGCAAAUUUAUUGCAAUACAAUAACACCAAUAUAGCAUAAUAAAUAUUUGCUACUCAAACCUGUUGCCAUGGCUAACCCCACCUGGAAGGAAAAAUAAAUGAAUAAAGAAAACUUUUACUGGAUGAUGGACCUCCAUGUGUUGUUGCUAUGGGAAUGGCAAUGGGACAAGAACCUGAUCAAGAUUAUUUAUUUAUUGUUCUUGUAGGAUUACUCGACAUCUGGCAACCCAGUGAAUCCCUAAAUUGAUGGAAAUUGGAUGGACAUUGAUGGGAAAACUUCUGCCAUUGAACUUUUACAGUUUUGAUGCCUGAUCCUGAAACACUGUUAUAUGACUCUUCAUCCUCUGGAGCUAUUUGAUUCAUCCAGAGUUUUCUUCUGCUUGGAACUCGCAGGAAUUCAUAAGACAAAAAAAAAUGGCCAAAACUAGUGUAAAGGGAACCCUGGUAGAUCAUUAGCUAUGAGUAUGUCACGAGCAUAAAGUUUAUUUAUAUAUAUAUAUAUAUAUAUAUAUAUAGCUUAGGGUGCAGUCUUUAAAUUCCAAAGGUCAUUUUGGAGGUGGGAAGAUUUAUUCGCUGUGAGAAGUGCAAACACUAUUGUUCAUUGCAACCUUAUCUCCCUUGAAUAGCUAACAUGAAUACUGUAUCCAGAGACGCCAAGAUUGCGGUGGUUGGUGCAGGAUUUGCAGGCUUGGCUGCAGCAGCCACUUUGAUCAAGGCUGGAUUUCAGAAUGUCAAGAUCCUCGAAGCUAAAGAGCGUGUUGGAGGAAGAGUUUGCACUACUAAACCAUUUACAGAGAACAUUAUUGAACUUGGAGCUAACUGGAUCCAUGGACAGGAUGGGAAUCCCCUCUACCAGUUAGCCAAAGAGCAAGACUUGCUGGUUGAGACCAUAGCAGUAAGCAAGAUCAUGUGCUUGCCCCACUCUGUUACUCCACGUGAUUACUUUUUCAUGGAAGGUGGGAAACAGCUUUCAACUGAUCGUGUUGAUCCGGUAUGUUCCCUGUUCAGUAAACUCACCUCAAAAGCCUUUGAGUCAGAGCUGGAGGAUAAACAUAGAGCCCUAAGUUUGGGAGAUUAUCUUGAUGUGUCCUUUGCUGAAUCACCUUUAGCUACCUCAGAAGAUGGAACAAAGAUUUUUGAAUGGUGUAAAAGAAGUGAAUGCACAGAUGAGGCUGCUUCCUCUCUAUAUGAAGUGUCUGCAUCUCAAAUUGGUUAUUACAUUGCUCUUGAGGGAGGUUUUUUUAACUCCCUCGGACCUGGGGGUUAUCAGGCAAUUUUGGACAUUGUUCUGAAAGCCCUGCCUUCAGGAACUAUUCUGAACAAUACAGCAGUAAAAAUCAUCCAGUGGGACUUGAAAGCAAGCUCCCAGGGUGACAAGGACGAAGAAGAGGACCAUGCUGUCCAAGUCAUCUGUGAAAACGAUCACAUCUUUGAUGCUGAUCAUGUGAUUGUGACUGUAUCUCUGGGGGUUUUAAAACAACACGCCAGAACCAUGUUUGAACCUGCCUUACCAAAAUCAAAGCUUGAUGCUAUUGAGAGGCUUGGCUUUGGCACCGUGGACAAAAUCUUCCUGUGUUUCAGUGAAAGAUUUUGGCCAGAAGACUGUGCAGGAAUCCAACUUGUAUGGGAUGAGGGACCUGAAGAUAAGGCAGUCUAUAGCAGUGAAGACGAAGAGGAUGCCUGGAAAAAAACAUGGUUUAAAAAGAUCUGCGGUUUUGACACUGUUGCCCAUCACCCUACAGUACUCUGCGGCUGGAUCACAGGCAGAGAGGCUCUUCAUAUGGAAACACUGGAGGACAGUGAGGUUGGAGACACCUGUGUAAGAUUGCUCAGAUCCUUCACUGGCUGGUCUGUGCCUGAUGUGUCCCAAGUUCUGAUCUCCAGGUGGGGUCAUGACCCACAUGUACAAGGCUCCUAUACCUUUGUUCCUCAGUGGGUGAAUGGGGUGAAAGAGCAUGAGGCACUGGCAGCACCUCUUCCUUCUUGCAGUCAAGUUUCAAAAAGCAAGCCUCUGCAGGUGCUGUUUGCAGGUGAAGCCACUCAUGUGAACUUCUACACCACCACCCAUGGAGCCUAUCUGUCCGGGCUCAGAGAAGCAGAAAGACUCAUUAACCAUUACUCUGAUUAAACACUCUGUUCAUAGGACCAACAUUGAUGCAAUGUUUUCCUUCCUGAUGAUAAGAUGUUAACUGAGUUAUAUUUGAGCCAAUUUCUAUGGCAGUUCUCUAUCCAUUUCGACAAAUCUGUUACUUUAGAGUUAUCUCCUCUCUGGAUGAACCUGUAAGCUCUAAUUCAUACUACAUGUAAUUGAUAGCUGUUUAAAUGACUUUACUGAUGGUGUGAAUGAACUCAAGUAUCUGAAUUGUAAACCUGCACUCAGCAUGCUUGAAAGAAAAAGACAAUAAACUGCUCACUGAU